GGCGGCGGGGCGGCGGGCUGGUGGCGGAGCCCGCCUCGGGGAAACGCGGCUCCGGAGAGGCGGGCAGCUCGCCCCGCGGGCCGGAUAGCGGUCCGCCAGCCGGGUCCCCGCUUGGGGUCGCGCACUUCGGGCCCGCGUCGCGGGGAGCUCGCGCAUCGCGUGACGGUGCUGAGCGGCGUCCUCUGGAAGUGGCCGUGCGGAGCAUCGGGGCGUCGGCACCGCGCUCAGCUGCGGGCUUCGGCCCGGACACGGCGCGCUUUGGGCCUCGAGCGGGAACGGCACCCGCAAACGGGAGUGCUGGGGAGUUGCGGGGCCUGCGUUCUUCUGACAGAAACCAGCUGGAGUAAACCCUCGCCGGGAUAAAAGAAGCUGCGUCUUUCGUUACAGUGCCAGUGAAAGCGUGGGAAAACAUAUGCUUGAAGCAUGCAACAACAACCUGGAGAUGGCUGUUACCAUGUUGCUGGAUGGUGGAGGCAUAGCAGAGGAGCCCAGCACCAGUUCUGCAGCGGUGUCUGCAGUUCGACCACACACCGAGGAUGAAGUACGAGCUCCAAUUCCUCAAAAACAGGAAAUUUUAGUAGAGCCUGAGCCCUUGUUUGGAGCUCCUAAAAGACGCAGACCUGCGCGUUCAAUAUUUGAUGGCUUUCGGGAUUUUCAAACAGAAACCAUUCGACAGGAACAGGAACUACGAAAUGGAGGAGCAGUAGAUAAGAAACUCACUACCCUAGCAGACCUCUUCAGGCCUCCCAUUGAUCUGAUGCACAAAGGCAGCUUUGAGACGGCCAAGGAGUGUGGUCAGAUGCAGAACAAAUGGCUCAUGAUAAACAUUCAGAACGUGCAAGAUUUUGCGUGCCAGUGUCUGAACCGUGAUGUUUGGAGCAAUGAGGCUGUGAAGAACAUCAUCCGGGAGCAUUUCAUUUUUUGGCAGGUGUAUCAUGACAGUGAGGAGGGGCAGAGGUACAUACAGUUCUAUAAAUUAGCAGACUUCCCUUACGUCUCCAUCCUGGAUCCCAGGACAGGCCAGAAACUAGUGGAGUGGCACCAACUGGACGUGACGUCUUUCUUGGAUCAAGUGACUGGGUUCCUGAGUGAGCACGGACAGCUGGAUGGGCAUUCUACGAACCCUCCCCAAAAAUGCUCCCGUUCAGAGAGCCUCAUUGAUGCCAGUGAGGACAGUCAGCUGGAAGCUGCUAUCAGAGCUUCGUUACAGGAGACACAUUUUGAUUCCUCACAAGCCAAGCAGGAGAGUCGAUCAGAUGAGGAAUCUGAGUCAGAGCUUUUUUCUGGAAGUGAAGAGUUUAUUUCUGUUUGCGGAUCUGAGGAGGAGGAGGAAUCGGAGAAUCCUGCCAAGUUGAGGAAGUCUCCACAUAAGGACUUGGGGUAUAAAAAAGAGGAGAGCCGGAGGCCUCAGCCUGAGCCCCCUGCAAGGACUGAGCCUGGGACAACGUCAAAUCAUAGAGUACUACCCUGCAUUGAUGCAGGGGUAGUGGAGGAGCCAGCUGAGAAGCCUGAAAGUAUGUUGCAGGGCCUAGAUGUGAAUGGACCAAAGGCACAGCUGAUGCUAAGGUAUCCAGAUGGAAAGAGAGAACAAAUUUCACUGCCUGAACAAGCUAAACUUCUGGCUCUUGUGAAACAUGUCCAGUCAAAAGGAUACCCCAAUGAACGCUUUGAACUCCUCACCAACUUCCCUCGAAGGAAACUCUCGCACCUGGACUAUGAGAUCACAUUACAGGAGGCAGGCCUGUGUCCUCAAGAGACUGUCUUUGUGCAGGAAAGGAAUUAGCACCGUGGCCUGAGUUCUCCCAGCCUUUCUCCCCUCUCCUCUUUGCCUAGGACACCAACUCAUUGAUAUGCAGUUGAGGGUCAUGGGAUUGCAGUGCUGAAAUCAGUCAGGCAGCUGUCUGGCCCUUCUUUCUCUUCUUCCCUUCUGUUCUAGCAACAAUUGAGCGUGUUCAGAGUUCUGUUUUUGUUCUCAGCUUGGGCCCUGCAGAGAGCAUUGGGAAGAACGUCUUUCCUUUGUUUUCAAGGAGUAAAGUAGAACGGUGAUUGUAUGUGUCCAGUGUGCUGGGACUUGGAGUGGCCAUAAUACACACACCCUUCUGCUGCUAUUCUUCAAUCCGUUUCGUUUAAUUUAUAUUUGAAAAUACUGUGUGAUAAGGCACUGAGUCACUUCUCUGUAAGGAGAGAGUGUAAUCUUUAGUACGAUCUUUCCUUUGCUUUGGUUCUCUACGUGAAAGGUCUCCAUUAACCUUACAGCCUUCUUAAGGGGAUUUGCUUAUGUAGCAGUCUGCUGAGGCUUACUUUGGAAAGGAGUUGAGGAACUGUGUCAAGAUGCUCUGCCCCUACCUAAUAGGCUUCUAGGCUGCAUGCAUGCUUUCAUCAUCCAGUAAAUGCUGCCAGUGGACACAGGUUUUGUUGUUGUUUAUUAAAAAGCAAGGAUCCCCCUCCAAAAAAAAAAAAAAGUCUGUUUUUUCCCCUUUUUACUUGCUUUCAGGAUCUUAAAACUGACAAUAGAAGAUGGCAUGAUUCUCUGAAGACCUUGGGAGUGUGGAAAAUGUAGUAAUCUUGACAAGUAGUUGGCUUUUUUCCCCAGUCUCUCUGUAUGUCACUCCUGCACCAGGGGUGGCUAAUUUGUAAGUGGUUUUAGAGCACACACUGCAGUUGGGCAGGACAGCAAGUCCUAGGCAGGGUUCCUGUCAUUAAUUCAAACCAUAAAUAGCCUUGUCAAAACUGUGGAAGGAAUUAGUGCUUUAUAAAAGCCUUCAUAGCCUGGUGGCAGCUCCAGGCUGCUUUUUAUUCUGUUGAAAUCUUAAUCUGCUGUCAUUUACCACUAAAUCUGGAAGGAUGUAUUGAAAACUGCUCCUUUAUUUGUGUUUUCAUUUCAGCUACAAAAGCUAGCAGCAGAAGUCAUGCAGGCACAUCCUGUGUGUAUGCCGAGUGCCCUGUUUUCCCACUGUCUCACCUAGACAUUGAGCUGUUGGACACUUGUUGGUACAGUAUAGGUUACAGGAAACAAAAGUCAGUUAACACUGCCAUCUGCAUGAUGGAUGUUCAGUGUGUUUAUUUACAAUUCAGAAUCCAGUCUAGCAUUCUUCGUCAGGGAGGAAAAAGGCAUAUGAGACCUGCUGUAGCUGUUUCUGUAACUGUUAGGUGAUUAUACAUGAGACUUCAGUGGUCAGAGGUUUUCUGUAGCCUGAAGCUUUUCAAGAUAUUUUUGCAUUUAAUUUCAUACCAGCCUUUUGAGUCUUUAGAUAGAGAAAGCCAUCGAUGAUGUCUGACAUCCCCCAUGAUCAUAUAGUUGUGUAACUUCAUUUCCCUUUUGCAUUAACGCCUUUGCGUUCUACUGCAAGGUGCAGUAUCAUGAACACAGACUGAUGACGUUUUCGUGAUCAUUGAGUGAUGUGACAUCAGAUGCCAUUUUUGGUUUGUAAAGAGCUCCUUUCACAGAGGGGUUUUGCAGCAUUAGAAGGUGAACGGCAGAGCCUGCAGAAAAGUGAGAGAGUUGGUGUUUGGCCUCUGGAGCAGGAGCAGCACUUCUAGACUGAAAGAUAUCCAUAGUACUUCUAGAAUAUCCAGAUUCUUGUCUCACACCUGGGCAUAGGAGACUAGGGCAGAAGGAAACCCUUUCUGUGUAAGUAAGAUACUUUAGGUAACUUCAGCUCUCCACUUGAAAUAUCUUACUGUGAUGUUUGUUACCUUGAAACUUGCUGCCUCUUCUGCAGUGAUUUGCUGCAAGGAAACGAAGAUGGGCUGCCAGUAGGAAACAGUACCUGACAUCAGCAUGAUAUUCUUGUCCCUCAGGCAGGCCGAGAUGGGAGUGUAUUGACUUUUCUUGUUCUCUUGCUGCUGCCUGCCUGUCUGUUUAAAGCAGGGAGCCUUUGCACUUCCACUGCUGUUUCUCAAGCUGUGACUGGCUGGCUGGAUCUUGGUACUGGCCAGGUGGGGUUUGCAUCUGCCCUGAGCACAUUGUUCCACGUCAGCUUUUCUAGUAGUCAACUUAAACAUACAAAAUUGACUGUUGUUUCAGUGCUGUGCCUGUUUUCAUUGGUAGCUUCUCUUUUGACCCUCCUCCCCAGUUUUUCUCACGUACAUGGGACUAGGCUGAGGCUUCAGCAAUUAGAUGUAAAAAAUAACUAAUGGCUGCAUCAGCAGUGGGAAAGAGCGAGAACUGCAGUGCAGGCAGGAGCACGAGUUUCAGUUCUGUUGCUGGAGACCAGCGUGGCCCCUUAUUAUGAGCCUUCCUUUCUGACCCCAUUUUCCAUAAGCAGGAGCUGUGGAGCUGACACAGCUUUCUUUAAUCUAUGCUUAGCUGUGGGAUCAUGCUGUCAAAUCCAAAACAGGAAGUUCUGGGUUAGGUUCUCAUUCCUUUUGUUAUGUCAGGAGCAGCUCAAUUAUCUCGUGCAGAAGGAACAAAAAGUUGCACUUGGCUGUGGCCAGGUUUUUUUCUGAGCAUCAAGACCGAAAGUCUUUAGUUUCAUUUCUUGACCUUUUUCUUUCUGUUUCUUGACUUUUUAUUAGCAAAUAGCAAUUCUUUUAUAACUGAGCGGGAAAUGAAGAAUGUAGGGGAAAAAGAAACUACAUUAAAAAUGAGAUUUUUCUUCAGAUAAGGAGUCAGAAUUAUUUUGUGACAGUUCCCAGUGGUUUGUUCUGUUCCAAGAAAUUAUGAGCUAAUCUGUUGUUUGCUUUGUUUGUUUCUCUGCCACGCUGUGGUUUCUUUUGGCUUUCUUUUGCUUUGAUCUGUGAGCUGGAGGCAGAGAGAAGAGGUCUUGAAGGGAUAAGUGUCCCUGUGCAUGCCUCCUCUCUUUUCAUUCCUCUCCCUUUUUUCCCCCUUAUUCCCACCCCAGUAAAAACAGCCACAGCUGUUCUCUGCUGGUGAAAGCUGUGAAGAAACAGCUCCAGUCAGGGUACAGCUCCUCAGAUUUUCAUUUGAAGCAAUUUGGAGUUUGGAGGAACAUGUUUUGCUGGCCUGAAGAAUGUGGCUGAACACAUUAACCAAGCUAAGCAUGCAACAGCUUGUAACUGGGAAGGUGUAAGCCACCUGGGCUCAAUUUAGAUAGAGCCUUGGUCAUGGUUGCUUCUGAAUGUUAAGUUUGAAGCUCAAAUUACUUUUGACAAGGCUGGAAAAGGCACCUUAAAUCCCUAAUAGCAGAAUAAGUUGAAGUUGGGAGGACAAAGCAAAUCAUCCCUCAGUGUCUGUGGUUUGUGGUUUCCAGUGUUGUUUGGCCACAGUUUGCAUGUGUUGAAAGGACUGCCGUGAGCAGAGGUGCACUUACACGGUGGAAGGCUUUGUGGUUAUGGAGCUAAAGAGCUAAUGUGCUUCAAGCUGCAGCUUCUUGCUGCUUGCAGUGAAACCUUCUUUGCACACAUUCUUCAUCUAGCUUGUUUUUUUGUUUUGAUACUUACUGUCUAACUGGCUUAUUUUUACAGUCACAACCAGUAGUCAGAAACAGAGCACUACCAGCUGUACCUGGCUUUCUUUGCCAGUUGCUGUCAGCCCAUUUUUUGUUGGCUUCCCACUCACAGACCUCCAGAGGUCCAGAGAAGGGUUUUGGCUCUUCCUAAAGGUACCUGCUGUCAGCCAGGCUGACCAACCAGCUUCAACCCAGUUGCAUUCCCUCCUGGAGGAAAUAGGGCAUCUGAAGGCUGUGUUACAGGUUGCUGGGCGUGCCUGCGUUGUUUUCAUUAGGCUUUCAGCUAUGGUCUGUGAUUUUACAUUUCUGACAUUUAUGGACUGAAUAACGUCAUGCUUCCUGGUGAAAAAUCUGAUAAGCUGACAACCUUGAUAUUGAAAGAAUGCGUGUGUGUGUGUGUGUUGUAGUUGUGUAAAAUAGAGCUGUCUACAGAAAGGUAGCAAUUGUCAGACAUAGACAUAAACGGUCGUUUUGAUUAUGCAUCAGCUCACCAAAUUAACUAAUUAAUUAACUGGAUCAGUGUCAGCGUACAUGCUCCUCUGCACCAAGUCAUACCAGCUUCCACAUUUACAGGUGCUGUGGUUUGUAUGCACGCUGCCAUCAGAAACUGACAGUUUGUGUUAGCACUUAAUGAGUAAACCUCACUGCUGAAGGGUUCUCAGAUAGACUUGUUAGAAAACUUCCAUGCAGUUGUGUGCUUUGCUGCUUGACAUACCUUCCAACUAUUGAAAACUUCCUGCUUGAAGUACAUUUGAGUUAUUGGUAAUGAAAUAGAAAAGUUAAUUCUGAGAAUGGGGGCUUUCCUUUCUAGUUCCUUAAAGAAAAAGUCAUCUCCGUGCAGGAGUUCUUUGACCACAGCUACUGUGCUCAGAGGGCACGGUGCAUUGCUUGCAGCUCCUGCAGGCAGCAAAUUACAGCUGGUUCUGAGAGCAGGCUCCUUGUCUGCUAGCUGGGAUGCUCUGUCCUGGCUCGCUGAGUUUGUUCUCGCUGCGUGCUGGACCAUGGGGUUGGGUUGCAAGAACUCAGGAGCACCAAGGUCUCCACCCCUUCUUGUGGGGCAGGAAAGCACAGUGAAGCAUCCCCUCAGCUGCAUUUUGGCAGGUGCUGAACGCUGCAACGAACAGACAAAAUGCAUCUGAUGUUUUUCCAAACCAUGUGGGUCUCUGUUAUCUGGCUUUAUGUAGGAAAGUCCCCGUGAGUGGGAGGAUGCAUGUCAUUUAAGGAACUUUAAGGAACGACUUGUUACUGCUUUUUUCUUCUUGCAGCUUUGUCCUUGUUUAAUCCCUUUUUAAUCAAGCUAGUAAUAAAGAACAGCCCUAUAUGCCAAAGAGAGGAGAGGUAGCUGAAAUCUAGGUGGAGAGCAAAGUCUGUUGUGAGGAUUGGGUAUGCCUUGUCCAGCUGUUCUUCAACAGAAAUGAUCUUCUGUAGGUGAAGUAGCUUUUGUCUUAAAGACAAUGCAAAACUCACAUUGUGAGCCCUGUAUUGACCAUCUCUGUUGUUGGAAAUUCCCUCAGCUGCGUGUAGAGUCAACCUAGAAACAUUUCAGUGAUGACUGUUAAGGUCUGCGCAAGCUGUAGCCUGUUGUUCUGUGAGGACAGCUUUGCAGGGGCUGUCUCUGAAAGCAAGAUCUGGCUGCAUGCUGCUGCCUGCUCCCAAGCCUGAAGGUUAAUGGAUUCCCUUUCUGCGCUGUGCUGCAAGAUGGCUUUUCAUCUCAUCUCCUCUUGCCCAUGAGGUGCUUAGUGUCUGUCCGCUUCCCAUAAAUACAGCCAUAUGUAUAUACGUGUAUAUACACACACACAUAUUUGUAAUUGGAGGAUGUGGCACUUAACAUCAGUGCCUUGGCUUGCCUCAGUUUUAUCUUCUGCUUGACACCGGUACGUUACGAGUAGUUGCAGAACUUUGGGAUUUGGUCACUGUCUAAUUAACGGAGUGUCUGCAGUACAAAGAAGAGCAAUUUUGUGUCUGCCUGUUAAAUGGUGCUGAGAUUUUACGGAGUAGGAUAGCUCGAGGAAGGACGUGGAGCAGGGGGACGAGGUGCUAUUUUAUAGAACAGCUUUAUAUGAAACAAAUCUGUGUAAAGCACGCCUCAGGGGCGCGGUGUCUGAUCAGAGACACCGGACUGUACGACAGAUGACUUUCUUAGCAAGGCUGUGUCCUCUCGUGGGUGAACUUAAAGUUUCCAAAUCCGGGCUUCGCCUGCCGGUUUUUACACUAGUCACUUUUUCCUUCAAUGAUGCAACUUCAUGCUGGAGGAGGGAGAGAACUAAUUUGGGUGAUUUCAGCUCACUGUGCUGGGAGGGACCAAACUCAAGGAAACCUCUGAUCUAUAUACACAACUGCUGCAUUUUUUUAUAAAUAUAUGUAAAUGUCCUAUUGUAAUAUUUGAUCCUGGAAAUAAAACAAACUGUUUUCACUA